CAGCCCCUCAGAGCACAGGCUCGGCGCUGGCCGAGGACACGCCACGAGGUCCCACGGGCCACCAGAGCAUCCGUUGUCAGACCAUGGCAGCCCAGCCAGUCGAGGGCCAGAAGCCCUUCCACAUCGUUUCACCCGUCCUGGAGAGCCUGUCCCUCUCCAAGGCCGUGGGCACCAAGGUCUUCAUGAAGCUGGAGAACGUCCAGCCCUCGGGAUCCUUCAAGAUCCGGGGCAUCGGGCACCUGUGCCAGGAUGCUGCCAAGAAGGGCUGCCGCCACUUCGUGUGCUCCUCAGGAGGGAACGCGGGUCUGGCAGCCGCCUACGCGGCUCGGAAGCUGGGGCUGCCCAUCACCGUGGUGGUCCCCAGCAGCAGCGGCCCCACCCCCGUGCGCAAACUGGAGGAACUGGGGGCGACAGUCGAGGUCUACGGCAAGGUGUGGGACGAUGCCAACAGCAGAGCCCAGGAGCUGGCUAAGACAGAGGGCUGGGUCAGCAUCCCCCCCUUCGAUCACCCCUUGGUGUGGGAGGGUCACGCCAGCCUGGUCCGGGAGCUGAAGGACUCUCUGGAGGCCAAACCAGACGCCAUCGUGGUGGCGGUGGGUGGCGGGGGGCUGCUGGCCGGUGUGGUGGCCGGCCUGCAGCAGGUGGGCUGGCAGGAUGUCCCCAUCAUCGCCGCCGAGACCCUGGGAGCUCACAGCUUCCACGAGGCGCUCAAAGCCGGCCGGCUCGUCACCCUGCCCGACAUCACCAGCGUGGCCACCUGCCUGGGAGCCAAGACGGUGGCGGCGCGGGCGCUGCAGUGCGCCCGGGAGUGCCCGGUGCUCUCGCAGGUGGUGGAGGACGCGGAGGCCGUGCGGGCUGUGGAGCGGUUCCUGGAUGAGGAGCGGAUGCUGGUGGAGCCGGCGUGCGGGGCUCCCCUGGCCGUGCUCUACUCGGGGCGGCUGCGGCGGCUGCAGAGCGAGGGGCGGCUGCGGAGCCCGCUGCGCUCCGUGCUGCUGGUGCUGUGCGGCGGCAGCAACAUCCACACGGCCCAGCUGCGGGCCCUGAAGAGCCGCCUGGGGCUGCCGUGACCCCCGCGCCGGGCACGGCGUGUGGCACGGCCCGCCUGGCACGCUCCGCUUGCUUGCCUUCCCAAAGAACCGAAAUAAAGCCUGGGGACGUGGGGCCGGGCUCCUCACGCAGCCUCUUGCAGGGAUGGGGAAACUGAGGCACGGGGGUCGCACUGCAGGCAGGGUGGUGCCCGUGCCGAGGGCGGGACUGGGGCACAUCCCGCUUUUCCCCUGGGACAUGCCAGGUAUUCUCCUCUGCAACCCUCCUCCCCCCCUCACCUUCCUCCCCUGCUCCUCCCCAGGCUGCUCGGGCUGCAGCUCCCCA